GGCCGCGCUGCAGCCUUGGCCGGGGAGGCGCCGCUCUCGCUCUGCUGAGGCGCUGCCGCCGCCGGGCCCAGGCGCGGGAGGAGGCGUUCCAGCAGCUGCGCACCUUUUGCUCGCGGUCCCUUUUCCCCGGCGACUCUCUGCGAAGACAAGUGAUGUCCACAGCUACCCUAAUUAGCUUGGUACGGAAUGGAGGGUUCCAGGUGAGAAGGAGAGCCGCGCUCACGUCCCGGCUGCUGCAGGACGAGAAGCGCCCCGCCGCCGCCUGCUCCAUCUCCACCUGCGAGCGCCGCGCCUCCCGCUUCGACCCCGACGGCAGCGGGCGGCCCACCACAUGGGACACCUUCGGCAUCUGGGACAACCGCAUCGAUGAACCCAUUCUCCUCCCACCCAGCAUAAAGUACGGCAAGCCCAUCCCAAAGGUGAGCCUGAGCAACGUGGGCUGCGCCAGCCACAUCGGGAAGCGAAAGGAAAAUGAGGACCGGUUCGAUUACGCUCAGCUGACAGAGGAUAUCCUGUACUUCGCGGUGUACGAUGGGCACGGCGGGGCGGCAGCUGCAGACUUCUGUCAUAAGUACAUGGAAAAAUAUAUUAAGGAAUUUCUUGCUGAGGAGGAGAACUUGGAAAAUGUUUUGAGCAAAGCUUUUCUAGAAAUAGACAAAGCAUAUGAAAGGCAUGCUAAUGCCUCUGCUGAUGCAACUCUGCUGAGCUCUGGGACCACUGCAACAGUGGCUCUGCUCCGGGAUGGAAUUGAGCUGGUUGUGGCAAGCGUGGGAGACAGCCGUGCUCUGCUGUGCCGGAAAGGAAAGCCCGUGAAACUCACCAUUGACCACACUCCAGAGAGAAAGGAGGAGAAGGAAAGGAUUAAGAAGUGUGGUGGCUUCAUUUCCUGGAACAGCUUGGGACAGCCUCAUGUGAAUGGUAGACUUGCAAUGACACGGAGCAUAGGAGAUUUGGAUCUUAAAAACAGUGGUGUGAUAGCCCAGCCAGAAACAAAAAGGGUUCAGCUGCAGCACGCAGAUGACAGCUUCCUGGUGCUGACCACCGACGGCAUCAACUUCAUAGUGAACAGCCAGGAGAUCUGCAACUUCAUCAGCCAGUGCCAUGACCCUGCUGAGGCUGCCCAUGUGGUCACUGAGCAGGCAGUGCAGUUUGGCACUGAAGACAACAGCACAGUUGUCAUAGUGCCAUUUGGAGCUUGGGGCAAGUACAAGAACGGGGACAUUACCUUCUCCUUCAGCCGCAGCUUCGCUUCCAGCGGGAGGUGGGCAUGAAGACAAGGGCACAGCGAUCCCUUCCUGCCGUUACCUGGACACAGCGUGCUACAGGAGAACACCUCCAUCUGUUCCUAGGCUGACUCAGUGUCUUGUCCAUCUCUUCUGUUCCCAGUGUUAGAAGAUGCCACUGCUCCCUUGGUGCGUAGUGCCCGUUGUUGCUUACGGCUGCCCGUGUCU